AUGCCGACCACGCGAAGCCAAACCAAGAAAAUAGAUCUGGCAUCGUCUCAGGAUACUGGUGCAACCCCCUACUUGAUGAACGAGGCCGCCUGGGGGCCAGUGCUUGGAUGGCUGGACCUAGAUUAUUCAGAGACUUCGCCAUUGAAGCGAAUCGAAUGGAGAAAUGCUCUGAACCAGAUCCAAGAGGCUGAUGGCUGUCGUUAUAUCACCUUUUCGUGCCCCGAGGAAGAGCCCCAGAAGUUAUGGAUUAUUAUCCAGUGGUCGUCAGCGGCGCAGCGAAACUGCUUUCACCAGUCAGAUAACGUCGCAAGUGAUGCGAAGAAAAUCCUUUAUCCGAUAAGCUCUGGCAUCAGUGACGACGGGAACAAAGUUCACUUGAUUGACCGGGUUGACUACAGUAUUGGCAAGGUGAUGCACGCUGGAUUUCCAGCGUCUCCCAACCCGGAAAAGGUCCACGAAGUGUGGAUGGCCUGCUUUCCAGUCGGCGCGCUAAAACAUCAAUGGGAGCAAGAGCAGAAGCUGCCCCUAUUGCUGAACUUUUAUGCACGAGAUGAAGAGUCUUCGAACCAUAUGGCUGGGAUUCUGAGUCAAAGUGUGGCCUGGAUUUCAGGCGAGGUGAAUUACCAAGGGAUACGGUGUCAGCGGAUCGCAUGGUUGAUGGAGUGGAAGUCUAAGGAGGCAGAAGAGCUCUACAAGACGACUGUACGAUGGGUGAAAGAGGAAGAAGGUCAAUCUAGCAAGCCACAGCUAGCACUGAACAUGUUUAUUGAUGACUUGAAGAGCUUUGAAAUGGUUGGGUAUGAGACCUGGCACGCGCAAUUUGAAGAUAUCCGAGACACCCUCAACAAUUAG